AUGGGCCACUCGAGCAUCACCCAUUCUUACCUCCUUAAGAAGGAGGCAGCUCCAAUCUUCAUCAGAAUUGAACUUGUUGGUGGCACAUCAGAACUCAGUGGAAGAAUUGAAAUCAUUCGUAAUGGAAUCAGAGGAACUGUCUGUGAUGAUAGUUUUGAUAACAACGAUGCAAAUGUUAUUUGUAGAAUGAUGGGAUACAGUUCUGGAGAAGUAAUUUCAAAUGUAUUUGGACAAGGGCAAGGUACCAUCUGGCUUGAUGAACUCGAUUGUACUGGAUCAGAAUAUGAUCUUGAAGUUUGUCCCAAUCUUUCUUGGGGAGUUCAUGACUGUACCCACAGGGAAGAUGUUGCUGUUCAAUGUUUCAAUGAAGCAAGUCUAACCACAAGUAUACCUCCAACUUCAAAUCCCAUAAGAAUCCAGCUUCUUGGUGGCUCAUCAGAAAUCAGUGGCAGAAUUGAAAUUACUCAUAAAGGAAUCAAAGGAACUGUCUGUGAUGAUGACUUUGAUAACAAAGAUGCAAAAGUAAUUUGUAGAAUGAUGGGAUACAGUUCUGGAGAAGUAAUUCGAAAUAUAUUUGGAGAAGGGCAAGGUACAAUCUGGCUUGAUGACCUCAAUUGUACUGGAUUAGAAUAUGAUCUUGAAGUUUGUCCCAAUAUUUCUUGGGGAACACAUAACUGUCAACACUAUGAAGAUGUUGCCAUUAAAUGUUUCAAAGACGCAAAUACAACCACAAGUAUACCUCCAACUUCAAAUGAUGUCAGAAUCCAGCUUAUUGGUGGCUCAUCAGAAAUCAGUGGAAGAAUUGAAAUCAUUCGUAAUGGAGUCAAAGGAACUGUCUGUGAUGACCAAUUUGAUAACAAUGAUGCAAAAGUUAUUUGUAGAAUGAUUGGAUACAGAUCUGGAGAAGAAAUUCCAAAUACAUUUGGACAAGGGAGAGGUGUCAUCUGGCUUGAUGACCUCAGUUGUACUGGAUCAGAAUAUGAUCUUGAAGUUUGUCCCAACCUUUCUUGGGGAGUGCAUAACUGUGGACACGAUGAGGAUGUUGCCAUUAAAUGUUCCACUGCAGACCAACUUGCCAUCAGAAUCCAGCUUAUUGGUGGCUCAUCAGAAAUCAGUGGAAGAAUUGAAAUUACUCGUAAAGGAGUUAAAGGAACUGUUUGUGAUGACCAAUUUGAUAACAAUGAUGCAAAAGUUAUUUGUAGAAUGAUGGGAUACAGUUCUGGAGAAGUAAUUCCAAAUAUAUUUGGAGAAGGGCAAGGUACCAUCUGGCUUGAUGACCUCAGCUGUACUGGAUUAGAAUAUGAUCUUAAAGUUUGUCCCAACAUUUCUUGGGGAACGCAUAAUUGUCAACACAAUGAGGAUGUUGCCAUUAAAUGUUUGAAAGACGCAAAUACAACCACAAGUAUACCUCCAACUUCAAAUGAUUUUAGAAUCCAGCUUAUUGGUGGCUCAUCAGAAAUCAGUGGAAGAAUUGAAAUCACUCGUCAAGGAGUCAAAGGAACUGUCUGUGAUGACUACUUUGAUAACAAUGAUGCAAAAGUUAUUUGUAGAAUGAUGGGAUACAGUUCUGGAGAAGAUAUUCCAAAUACAUUUGGAGAAGGGAAAGGUGUAAUCUGGCUUGAUGAUCUCCGUUGUACUGGAUCAGAAUAUUAUCUUGAAGUUUGUCCCAAUCUUUCUUGGGGAGUGCAUAACUGUGGACACGAUGAGGAUGUUGCCAUUAAAUGUUCUAAAGGAGCAAAUACAACUUUACCAACAACCACAAGUAUACUUCCAAUUUCCUCAACAGACCAAACUGUCAUCAGAAUUGAACUUGUUGGUGGCACAUCAGAACUCAGUGGAAGAAUUGAAAUCAUUCGUAAUGGAAUCAGAGGAACUGUCUGUGAUGAUCAAUUUGAUAACAAUGAUGCAAAGGUUAUUUGUAGAAUGAUGGGAUACAGUUCUGGAGAAGUAAUUCCAAAUAUAUUUGGACAAGGGCAAGGUGUCAUCUGGCUUGAUGACCUCAGUUGUACUGGAUUAGAAUAUGAUCUUGAAGUUUGUCCCAACCUUAAUUGGGGAGUGCAUAACUGUGGACACAAUGAGGAUGUUGCCAUUGCAUGUUUGAAAGACAUAAAUACAACCACAAGUAUACCUCCAACUUCAAACGUCAUCAUAAUUGAACUUGUUGGUGGCUCAUCAGGACUCAGUGGAAGAAUUGAAAUCAUUCGUAAUGGAAUCAGAGGGACUGUCUGUGAUGAUAUUUGUCCCAACCUUAAUUGGGGAGUGCAUAACUGUGGACACAAUGAGGAUGUUGCCAUUGCAUGUUUGAAAGACGCAAAUACAACCACAAGUAUACCUCCAACUUCAAACGUCAUCAUAAUUGAACUUGUUGGUGGCUCAUCAGGACUCAGUGGAAGAAUUGAAAUCAUUCGUAAUGGAAUCAGAGGAACUGUCUGUGAUGAUAGUUUUGAUAACAAUGAUGCAAAGGUUAUUUGUAGAAUGAUGGGAUACAGUUCUGGAGAUGUAAUUCCAAAUACAUUUGGACAAGGGCAAGGUGUCAUCUGGCUUGAUGACCUCAGUUGUACUGGAUUAGAAUAUGAUCUUGAAGUUUGUCCCAACCUUAAUUGGGGAGUGCAUAACUGUGGACACAAUGAGGAUGUUGCCAUUGCAUGUUUGAAAGACGCAAAUACAACCACAAGUAUACCUCCAACUUCAAACGUCAUCAUAAUUGAACUUGUUGGUGGCUCAUCAGGACUCAGUGGAAGAAUUGAAAUCAUUCGUAAUGGAAUCAGAGGAACUGUCUGUGAUGAUAGUUUUGAUAACAAUGAUGCAAAGGUUAUUUGUAGAAUGAUGGGAUACAGUUCUGGAGAUGUAAUUCCAAAUACAUUUGGACAAGGGCAAGGUGUCAUCUGGCUUGAUGACCUCAGUUGUACUGGAUUAGAAUAUGAUCUUGAAGUUUGUCCCAACCUUAAUUGGGGAGUGCAUAACUGUGGACACAAUGAGGAUGUUGCCAUUGCAUGUUUGAAAGACGCAAAUACAACCACAAGUAUACCUCCAACUUCAAACGUCAUCAUAAUUGAACUUGUUGGUGGCUCAUCAGGACUCAGUGGAAGAAUUGAAAUCAUUCGUAAUGGAAUCCGAGGGACUGUCUGUGAUGAUAAUUUUGAUAACAAUGAUGCAAAGGUUAUUUGUAGAAUGAUGGGAUACAGUUCUGGAGAAGUAAUUUCAAAUGUAUUUGGACAAGGGCAAGGUACCAUCUGGCUUGAUGAACUCGAUUGUACUGGAUCAGAAUAUGAUCUUGAAGUUUGUCCCAAUCUUUCUUGGGGAGUUCAUGACUGUACCCACAGGGAAGAUGUUGCUGUUCAAUGUUUCAAUGAAGCAAGUCUAACCACAAGUAUACCUCCAACUUCAAAUCUGGAAACUCUUGCAACUUACACCACUUUCUGGGAAUUCAAAUAUGUUAUAGACCAAACUGCUACUGAUAAAUGUCCAAGUGGCACAUACAGUAAUCAAACAGAUUGCAUUCCUUGUCCAGUGGGUGAAUAUCGAUCUAUCAAUAUAACUGGAAGCUGUAUGAAAUGUCCAAAUGGAACAUCAACACAUUCAAAUGGAAGUUACUCAAUCAGUCAAUGUUUAGUGACAUGUGGCAGAAGACCAAUAAAACAAAGUUACCAACGCUUUCCUGGUGGUCAGGUUGCCAAAUAUGGUGCUUUCCCAUGGCAAGCAAGAAUUUUGAAAGUUUGGUUCUGGGGAAAACUGCAUCACUGUGGAGCUGCCAUUAUCAAUAAAUUUUGGCUACUCACUGCUGCUCAUUGUUUAAAAAACAAUUUAAAGAAAGAAAAUAUAUUGCUUCAGACAGGAGAUCUGAAUAGCAAAAUCUGGGACACACAUGAGCAAUCAUUUCAAGUGGAGCAUUUGAUCGCACAUCCCUCCUAUGAUAGCCUCACCCAUGAUUAUGACGUUGGCCUCAUUAAGCUGCAACCAGACAGAAAUGGAAAUGGAAUAGUUUUCAAUGAUUAUGUUCAACCAGUCUGUCUUCCACCUCAAAAUCUGAGUAUGUCUGCAGGAACACGUUGUGAAAUAUCUGGUUGGGGUAGCACAAGUCAAACUUAUAUUUCCGUACUAAGAGCAGCAACUGUUCCCAUGAUAUCUCGUCAUGUUUGUGAAACAGUCCACAAAGACAUCACUCCAAGAAUGUUAUGUGCUGGUUAUCUUCAAGGAGGCAUCAAUGCAUGCCAAGGUGACCAUGGUGGACCCUUAGUCUGCAACAUUAAUGGAGGUUUCCUCUAUCUUUCCUUUUUUCCUUCCUUUCUUAUUAAUGUGACACUUUCCUUUUUUCAUAAAUAA